AUGACAAUCCAUAAGAGAUUUCGCAUGCCCAAUAUCCCGAAGUAUAAUGGGACAACGGACCCAAGUGAACAUGUGACUACAUACACAUGUGUUAUUAAGGGCAAUGAUCUCGCUGAUGACGAAAGGGAAUCAAUGCUACUUAAGAAAUUUGGGGAAACCCUGUCGAAGGGGGCGAUGAUUUGGUAUCAUAACUUGCCCGAGCAUUCAAUUGAUUCAUUUGCCAUGCUCGCUGAUGCUUUUGUCAAGUCCCAUGCCGGGGCCAUCAAGGUCGAAACACGAAAAUCAGACUUGUUCAACGUCAAGCAACAAGAUGACGAGACCCUCCGCGAGUUUGUGGCUCGAUUUCAAAUGGAGCGCAUGGACUUACCCCCAGUCACUGACAAUUGGGCCGUUCAGGCUUUCACCCAAGGGCUCAAUUCAAGGAGCUCGAUCACAUCUAUGGAGCUAAAGCAAAAUCUGAUAGAAUACCCGGUGAUCGCCUGGGCUGAUGUACCCAACAGGUACCAGCCUUACCCACUCGAUCGAAGGGGAAACAGGCACAAUAGCGAAUCAGGCAAGAAUGAUAGGAGGAAUGAUCGAGGCCAAAGUAGCCGUGGAUUGAUAAACAAAAAUGCUAUCGAUAAAGCCUCGGGAAACAGAGAAACUCCAAGGUUAUUAGAGUACAACUUUUGCGUCAAUGUAGCAACCAUAGCGGCUGCCGUUAUCCGAAACAAAGAAACAAGGCAUCCAAGGCCAAUCCAAUCUGAUCCAGAGAAACGGGAUAAAAAUCUUAUCUGUAAGUAUCAUCAUACUCACGGCUAUUGGAUCGAGGAUUGUCGGCAGCUGAGAGAGGAGGUCGCUCGUCUGUUCAAUUUGGGACAUUUUCGAGAAUUCCUAAAUGAACGAGCAAAAACCCAUUUCAAGAACCUGGACUCCAACAAGCAGGACAGGCCGGAAGAGCCUCAGCAAGUGAUACACAUGAUCAUGGGAGGAACUGACGUUCCCAUUGGGCCGGUUGUAAAAUGCACCAAAAUUUCCAUAACAAAGGAAAAGCGUAUCCGGAAUGAUGACCCCGAUGGUCCCAUCACGUUCGAUAACGAGGACAUGGAAGGCAUUGCCUAA